AUGCAGUUUGUACGCAAGGCUGAAGAGGCCAUUACUGGCAAGAAGAACGAGUCCCACGAGUCGACAAAGUCCUCCAACCAUGGACCCCACUCGUCCAACUUGGCCAACAAGCUUGACCCCCGCGUCGACAGUGAUAGAGACAACCGUGCUGCCCAUACCGAUGUGACUGGCGCUGGUCUUGGAACAACCCAUGACACAACCCACGGCACCACCGCAACAGGCACUCACGGCUCGACCCUGGGCUCUGGCACUACCCAUGGCACCUCUGGUGUGACUGGCACCGGUGCCGGUAUUGGGUCUAGUCACCCUACCACUGCUACUGGCACUCACGGCUCUGGUACUACAUACGGCACCUCUGAUGCGACUGGCACAGGUGCUGGUCUUGGAUCUACCUACAAUACCACAGGCAGCACCAAUGCCGGCCCUCAUAGCUCAAACAUCGCGAACAAGGCCGAUCCCCGAGUCGACUCUGACCGUGAUAACCGUGCUCGCCACGAGGGCCUCAUCGGCACUGGUCUUGGAUCUACUCACACUACCACCGCUACUGGCCCCCACAGUUCUACACUGGGCUCUGGCACUACCCAUGGCACUUCUGGUGUGACUGGCACCGGUGCCGGUCUUGGGUCUAGUCACCCUACCACUGCUACUGGCACUCACGGCUCUGGUACUACAUACGGCACUUCUGGUGUGACUGGAACCGGCGCUGGUCUUGGAUCUACUCACCCUACCACUGCUUCUGGCACUCACGGCUCUGCCCUGGGAUCUGGCACUACCCAUAGCACUGGUGCCGGUCUUGGGUCUACCCACCCUACCACCGCUACCGGCACACAUGGCUCUGCCCUGGGUACUGACACUGGCGCUACCCACAGUGGUCCGAUUCCUACCCCUGGCACCAGCAGCACAAAUGCUGGACCCCACAGUUCCAACAUUGCGAACAAGCUCGACCCCCGCGUUGACUCGGACCGUGACAGCUACCCUCAGCACCAGUCUCCUCUUGCUGGUACUGGGCCUGGUACUGUUACCCACGGCUCCCACACUCGCGAUACUACCGCUCCCGGUGGCUCGGUGAUUGGUGGAUCGGGUCUUGGUACUACUGGUCAUCAGGAUGCUGUUGCUGGCAAUAGCUACAAUACUUCUAGCACUGGAACUACCACUGGUACCACUGGUCCUCACAGUUCGAGCAUUGCCAACAAGCUCGAUCCUCGUGUGGAUUCGACCGCUACUCGCAUUGAGAAUGAGGAUCACCGUAGAAUCUAG